AUGGCUCGCCUGUUCCCUUGUACUCACUUUGUCCUACUGUUACUGCUGCAGCUAAGGUCCCCAUCUGCAGGUACGCUAGAGAUGAUAGAUGGCACACAUCGACUCACCUGCGACCAGGUAAAAGAAGGAGCAAAUUAACAUUAGGCCUGUUACAUUAUCUUAAAUUGUUUAUUGAUUUUUUAAAUGAUUUCAAUUAUAAAGGUAAUAUUGCAAGUACUGUAUUUAGACUACAUACUGAAAAGGUAUAGCUGCUAUUGCAUAAAAGUAUGAUUGGUAAGUAUCCUUGGGAUGUCCCUACCCCAUUGAAGUUGACAUUUAAAAUGGUUAAGUUAAGGGUUAAGGUUAAGGUCAGGGUAAGGGUAGGGGUUAAGGUUAGGGUUAGGCUUUAGAGUAAGGACGUCCCAAGGAUCCAAUAGCACUGACCAAUAUGGUGAGAUGGGAUGCUAUCGGAAACUUUAACAUUUGUAACUAGCAUGGUAACAAGUAUUUGUUGUUACACCUCUGUAAUUACAGACUGCAAUUACCACUAGUUACAUGUUGUUAUUACAGUGUAACUAUGAGUUAUUACAAUGAACUACAAUACUUGUUUUAGUGUAAUUACAUAUGUAUUUACGCUGUAAUAAGGACUCCUUAAAAUGAAGCGUUACCGUAUGGUUGUAUAGUUUUAGCAUUAUGACUUGUAACUCAAUAUACUCAGAUUGUUCUCUGAUGAUGCUGGAUGGGGUCAUGGAAUGUUUUGGCCUGUAGUUUCCAAUGUACUACAAAAAUGUUUGAUUAUAACUGCUUAUGAGAAUCCCACCUGUACCACCCUAUUUAUUUUGUGUACUCUGGUCAGCCUGGUGUGAUAAAAUAUGUAUGCGUGUGCAUGUGUGUGUGUGUGUGUGUGUGUGCUGGGAUGUGCAUGUACACACCUGUGUUGCUUUCUUUACCACAUGCAAAUGAAUGUGGGCUGUGUAUGUGUUUGUAUGAGUGGGUGGGGUGGAACGUAAGCUGUCAUACGUGGAGGACACGUGCAAAAACCAACCACACAGACAAGCUUUAGUUCACUUGCACGCACCAUGCACAGCCAUUUGUCUUAUAUAGCAGGAGGCUUUCAGAAAGAAAACAUCACAACUAGAGUAGCUGCAACUCUCUCUGAGGAAACUAAAUUCCUGAUCUAGUCUGGCAUACAGUGCAUUCGGAAAGUAUUCAGACCCCUUGAAUUUUUGUUACAUUACAGCCUUAUUCUAAAAUUGAUUACAAAAAAUAGUUUCUCAUCAAUCUACACACAAUACCUAUACUCCUGAGUGGCGCAGUGGUCUAAGGCACUGCAUAGCAGUGCUAACUGUGCGGGACCGGGAGACUCAUGGGCGGCGCACAAUUGGCCCAGCGUCGUCCAGGGUAGGGGAGGGAAUGGCCGGCAGGGAUGUAGCUCAGUUGAUAGAGCAUGGCGUUUGCAAUGCCAGGGUUGUGGGUUCGAUUCCCACGGGGGGCCAGUAUAAAAAAAAUAUGUAUUCACUAACUGUAAGUCGCUCUGGAUAAGAGCGUCUGCUAAAUGACUAAAAUGUAAAUGUAAAUACCCCAUAAUGACAAAGCAAAAACAGGUUUUUAGAUUUUUUUGCAAAAAAUUACAAAAAUAAAAACGGAAAUAUAACAUUUACAUAAGUAUUCAGACCCUUCACUCAGUACUUAGUUGAAGCACUUUUGGCAGCGAUUACAGCCUUGAGUCUUCUUGGGUAUGAAGCUACAAGCUUGGCACACCUGUAUUUGGAGAUUUUCUCCCAUUCUUCUCUGCAGAUCCUCUCAAGCUGCCAGGUUGGAUGGGGAGCUUCGCUGCACAGCUAGUUUCAGGUCUCUCCAGAGAUGUUCGAUCGGUUUCAAGUCCGGGCUCUGGCUGGGCCACUCAAGGACAUUCAGAGACUUGUCCCGAAACCACUCCUGCGUUGUCUUGGCUGUGUGCUUAGGGUCGUUGUCCUGUUGGAAGGUGAACCUUCGCCCCAGUCUUAGGUCCUGAGCACUCUGGAGCAGGUUUUCAUCAACGAUCUCUCUAGUACUUUUCUCCGUUCAUCUUUCCCUCGAUAAUGACUAGUCUCCCAGUCCCUGCCGCUGAAAAACAUCCACACAGCAUGAUGCUGCCACCAACAUGCUCCACCGUAGGGAUGGUGCCAUGUUUCCUCCAGACGUGAAGCUUGGCAUUCAGGACAAAGAGUUCAAUCUUGGUUUCAUCAGACAAGAGAAUCUUGUUUCUCAUGGUCUGAGAGUCCUUUAGGUGCCUCCAAGCGGACUGUCGUGCCUUUUACUGAGGAGUGGCUUCCGUCUGGCCACUCUACCAUAAAGGCCUGAUUGGUGGAGUGCUGCAGAGAUGGUUGUCCUUCUGGAAGGUUAUCUCAUCUGCACAGAGGAAGUCUGGAGCUCUGUCAGAGUGACCAUCAGGUUCUUGGUCACCUCCCUGACCAAGGCCCUUCUCCCCCAAUUACUCAAUUUGGCCAGGCGGCCAGCUCUAGGAAGAGUCUUGGUGGUUCCAAACUUCUUCCAUUUAAGAAUGAUGGAGGCCACUGUGUUCUUGGGGACCUUCAAUGCUGCAGAAAUGUUUUGGUACCCUUCCCCAGAUCUGUGCCUUGACACAAUCCUGUCUCGGAGCUCUACGGACAAUUAGUUCGACCUCAUGGUUUGGUUUAUGCUCUGACAUGUACUGUCAACUGUGGGACCUUAUACAGACAGGUGUGUGCCUUUCCAAAUCCUAUCCAAUCAAUUGAAUUUACCACAGGUGGACUCCAAUCAAGUUGUAGAAACAUCUCAAGGAUGAUCAAUGGAAACCGGAUGCACCUGAGCUCAAUUUUGAGUCUCAUAGCAAAGGGUCUGAAUACUUAUGUAAAUAAGGUAUUUUUUUGUAAUUAUUUUUCCCCCAAAACAUUUCUAAAAACCUGUUUUCGCUUGGUCAUUAUGGGGUAUUGUUUGUAGAUUGAUGAGGAUUUGCAUUUAUUUAAUCAAUUUUAGAAUAAGGCUGUAAUGUAACAAAAUGUGGAAAAAGGGAAGGGGUCUGAAUAUUUUCAGAAUGCACUGUAUGCACGUUAAGUCAGCGCUGGUUAAACACUUGAUCAGUUUGAGUGAGCAGAUUCAUGUUUUGAUUGACAGAUGCGGUGUAGCUCAGUCUGUACUGUAGCACACACAGACACAUCAGAGUUUUAAUGCUCAUUACGUAUUCAUGACCAGGCCAGAGCAUGACACCCAAUCCUAGGGCUUGAGUUUUCCAUCUCCACUGCUGUUGACCAUUUCCAAGGAUACGGUUCUGGGAGCAAGGUAGUGAGAUUUGACCUCUAGGGUAGUUGUGUUACAGUUAGAGCAGUUAAAUGGAAGAACAUGUGCCACGUAUAUUAAAUGGAAGUAUUGCUAUGUAUCUAUGUAGUGUCUGGUCUGGUAUGUUGUAGGAAAUCACUAUCUCUGUGCUCUGUCCUUAGGGCCUGACUGACUGCAGUGUAAAAGGUGAGACCAUACAAUGCAUCAUGUAUAGUCCAUCAUAAACCAAAAUAUGUUAGAAGACUUAUCAUGACAUUGUGAUAGGUUAACCCUUCCACCUCCCUUUGUCUCUCUCUCUCUCUCUCUCUCUCUCCAUCUAUUUCUCUGUCCUUUCUGCAUCUUAGAUGUUGCCCUUCCUGGCAUGAAGGGUCGUGUGAAAGUUAGGCGGCUGGAGCUCAGCGUGUUUCUGUGUUGCACCAACGGUCAAUACUGCAAACCCUGCCUGCGAGUCAUGGUCUACUUCAUAAUCAAAGGUAGCCCAAUGGCUUCAACCAUUCAGCUGCAGCAGACACUAUCAUUAUAGGAAACUGUGAUGUCUGGAUGCUAUUCCACAGUCUUUAGCCCAUACCCCACUAUCCCUAACUACACGACUAACCUUAACUCCAACAGGACGACACUGUGCCUGGGACUUUUGCGUGUCUGGGACAUGAGCAUGGCAUACCUACAGCAGGAUUGUAUUGAUAGGUUGUGGUCUGGGGCUUUUGGAGUUUAUUCUUAGCUCUUUGCUGUUCUCAUUUGUUGUUGCUGUUUCUGCUGUUCUCAGCACAUUACAUGUUGUUGCUGUUUCUGCUGUUCUCAGCACAUUACAUGUUGUUGCUGUUUCUGCUGUUCUCAGCACAUUACAUGUUGUUGCUGUUUCUGCUGUUCUCAGCACAUUACAUGUUGUUGCUGUUUCUGCUGUUCUCAGCACAUAACAUCUUGUUGCUGUUUCUGCUGUUCUCAGCACAUUACAUGUUGUUGCUGUUUCUGCUGUUCUCAGCACAUUAAAUGUUGUUGCUGUUUCUGCUGUUCUCAGCACAUUACAUGUUGUUGCUGUUUCUGCUGUUCUCAGCACAUUACAUGUUGUUGCUGUUGCUGCUGUUCUCAGCACAUUACAUGUUGUUGCUGUUUUCAGCACAUUACAUGUUGUUGCUGUUCUCAGCACAUAACAUGUUUUUUUCUGUUGCUGCUGUUCUCAGCACAUAACAUGUUGUUGCUGUUUCUGCUGUUCUCAGCACAUGACAUGUUGUUGCUGUUUCUGCUGUUUUCAUCACAUUACAUGUUGUUGCUGUUUCUGCUGUCCCAGAUAAGCAUGAGGACCAGGAAGUGUCUGGUGACUACCGUGACGAAGAUGACAGCUCUAAGCAGAAGGAAUUAAGAGAAGGGAGUCUCCUGGGGAUUCUCAGCACAUUACAUGUUGUUGCUGUUCUCAGCACAUUACAUGUUGUUGCUGUUGUUGCUGUUCUCAGCACAUUACAUGUUGUUGCUGUUUCUGCUGUUUUCAGCACAUUACAUGUUGUUGCUGUUCUCAGCACAUAACAUGUUUUUUUCUGUUGCUGCUGUUCUCAGCACAUAACAUGUUGUUGCUGUUUCUGCUGUUCUCAGCACAUGACAUGUUGUUGCUGUUUCUGCUGUUUUCAUCACAUUACAUGUUGUUGCUGUUUCUGCUGUCCCAGAUAAGCAUGAGGACCAGGAAGUGUCUGGUGACUACCGUGACGAAGAUGACAGCUCUAAGCAGAAGGAAUUAAGAGAAGGGAGUCUCCUGGGGAUGCCACCCAGCCCAACAGGUAAUCAAAAAGAGUGUGUCAAAAGAGAGAAAACACACCCACACACACACACUCCUUGGGCGUUCCAGUCGGUCAAGUAAAAUAAAUGAAAGUCACUAAAUCUAAACUUGUGGUUGACUGUUCCUGUGUCUUUUGCACUUUCUCAUGGUAGAUAACUUGCUCUGUUGUCUCUCCUACUGUGUGUGUUCCAGCAGCUUCUGUAACAGUGUGUUACAGCUACCCAAGCAUUUUGAAUCGCUGCAAAGAAGUGACAUUUACAUUGAUCCAUUCAGCUCUGUGGGACCAGCACCCUCCCGAGGUACACAUUCCCUUUAUCGCCUGUCAUUAAACUGUUGUCUAUUAAAAAUGUUACGGUUCUUUUCGGUAACUUUGGGCACUGCUAGGGUUGUUUAGUGGACAGAACAUAGCCUAGGAUGUAAUAGGUAAUGUAAUAUGUUUGACUUCUGUAGCUGUGGCUGUCCUUAUUGUUGGAGCCGGAGCCAAUACAAUAUGGCAGUCCAGUCAACAUCCUCGCAUUAUCUACCUCAGUUACCACCACUAUCCCCUCCUUAGAAGAUGGUAAGAGGCAUAGUUUAUACCACUAUACCACAGCUGUACUAUAAAGACGUUACUGAUAGACAUACAUUCCUCAGAUCAUGUAUUUUGACUACCACUCUCUCUCUCGCUCUCACUCUCUCUCUCUCUCUCUUUCUCUCUCUCUCUCUCUCCCCCUCUCUAUCGCUUAGUUUGUUCCCCAGACCUAGAUGGUGUUGUGAAAGAAUGUGAUGGUGAGUCACUAUAAUUUUAAAUGCAACCCUGCAUCCCCAUCGUAUUAUACUGUACCUGCUUUAGUUUAAACCUUUAAACCCCUGAUUGACUGACAUUCGAUAUAUGUCUCAGUGCCCAAGCUCCGAGCUGUGAUUGAUAAGAAGAGAGGUGUGGCUAUGCUCCAACUGGACAGUUCUGACAAGACACCGACCAGUGAGAUGGGCAUGUGCCAGAUGUUCGGGCCUGGAGAGCCUUGCAGAUACCAGACGUGGGUCAGUAUGUCUAAAGAAUACUAUCAUCAUUAGCUUGUAAAGCACACAUUUGUAUAAGGUGAAGCUGUGACCUCCUUACUCACUGUCACCUUCUCUUUCUCACGUCCUUUCUUCUUCUUUCAGAGCCAGAGAGAGAUGAGCAUUCCUUUGAGGUCUAUAGCGCCCUGUCUGUGCUUUCAGGUAAACAUUGCUUGAUUUUUCUGCAGCUCAGCAUACCGAAUCUGAGGAACAACUUGUUUCCAAUGCUGAAUUGAAGAUUCAUGAUCAUUGUCAUGCAGGAGUCACAUGUGCACAUUCCUUGUAUGUUGCUUUACAACAGGUUUGGUGGAAGGGACAGAAUCUACACAGAGAGAUCUGCCCCUUCAUGAACAACAAAGGUAAGGGGGCCAAUCAGAUUCCUUCCCUACCGCAGAACUCAUGACUCUGGACAUUUGUUAUUCUAACACCCAAAUGCCUCCAUUCCUCUCUCAGAGCAUUUCAAAAGAAUGUGGGACAACAACGUGUCUGUGUCAGUGGAGGAGGCUCAGACGAACGCAGGGAACGGCACGGUGCUGAGUUGGAACGUGACUGCCCCCUGUCGUCUGGAGGGAGAACUGUGGCUAUGCAGAAGGGGCUCAGCGGGGGGGCAUUGCGAGGAGUUGAAGGGCUCCAGGCAGAGAAUGCACAACCACACACAUGCCGGGUGGUUGCCCACUCUCCACGGAUACUGGGUAAGGCCAAUCGUGUGAGGUCAACUUACCCUUCACCUUUGACCUUACUGAGGACCUUACUGAACAUGACUGUUGUGUUUCUGUUGUUGUUGUUUUUUUUUCAGAAAAGAGGAGAGUUCAUCAAUGUGAACCCCCAUCCUGCUUUGUGUGUCCAGGUAAACACUUCUCCACUGACCUGUGGGCAGUGUGCACUGUAUGAAUGAAAUUGUGAGCCUGUACUUACUUUGAAAUGCAGUACUGUAAGUGUUUAUGGCUGACACUGCACUGCUUCCUGUUGUCUAGAUGAAAGUACAGGGGAUGGAUACAAAGCGGGAUCCCUUAUGUCCAUUUGCAAGUACGCAUUUCACCCCUGAGGGUCAAUAUGUUACAUUUUAUAAGAUUUACCUAUAGUUCUAAACACGUUAUAUGCUCUAUUUGACUGUACUAAGGAUUGGUUAAAUGGUCAUCAAUUCAUUAAUGCAACUGACCAACACUCUUAGAAAAAAAGGUGCUAUCUAGAACCUAAAAGGGUUAUUUUACUGUCCCCAUAUGAGAACCCUUUGCAGAAUCCAUUUUGGUUCCAGGUAGAACCCUUUUGGUUGCAGGUAGAACCCUUUUCACAGAGGGUUCUACAUGGAACCCAAAAGGGUUCUACCUGGAACCAAAAAGGAUUCUACCUGGAACAAAAAAUGGUUAUCCGAUGGGGAAAGGCGAAGAACCCUUUUGGAACCCUUUUCACUAAGAGUGAAAUUUACUGGAUUAUUAACAGGUUAGCUCAUUGGUUAAUCUGUGUCUCUAUAAUGUGCAACAUAGAGAUUAGUGCUCAAUUAGCUCAAUUUUAUUUGGCAGAAAUAAUGGACACAAUCAUGGAUUAUGAGGCAUUGAUCCACAGCUGUAUAUAAUCAGACUGACUUCCCCUAUAGCACCACGGAACCGAUGGAGCCUGACUCUCCUGAUAGGGCUGCUACUAAUCUGUUUGGCAAUACUUGGGGCCUACAUCAUACAUGGUGCUCUCAAAGGUUAGUGAUGCAGCUAUAUAUUAAUAAUAUUAUUAGCUAUCUCUGAGGCUAUCUAAUCACUAAAUGUAUUAACUACUGUAUAUUUGAAUAUAAUACUACUAGCCUGGGUGCCAGCCUGACAUUUUCGAGAGUGUGAAGCAAAUUUCUCAGGUUGGCACUGAGGCUAGGACACUAUAGCACACACGCCUCAUCGUAAUUCUUGCACUUUUUAUCUCCCCCACAGGAUACGUGUGGAGAUGGUUGAAAGAUGAGGACAUAAAAGGUAAGAUAAGCCUUUAAAACAUUCCCUCACAAUUCACUGUCUCCAAUUAUAGCUGAGUCCAAUUAUAUUCUUUCUUCAUGCUUCAGAAGAAUAAGCAUCCUCUCUCUAUCCCUUUUUUCUCUCUCUCUCCCUUGAUCUCAUUCCCUCUACCGCUCCUCUCUUUUUGUCCUUCCCCCUCUCCCUCACUUUUCUCUACCCUCUCUCUUUCUCUCUUUUUCUCGCUCUCUUUCUCUCUCUCUCUUUCUCUCUCUCUCUUUCUCUUUCUCUCUUCUUUCUCUCUCUCUCUUUCUCUCUCUCUCUUUCUCUUUCGCUCUUUCUCUCUCUCUCUCAGGUGCAGUAGGAGGUGGCCACAUCGUGUUGCUGUACCCUCCUGACAGUGAUCAGGCUGUGCUAGGGCUGGUGUGUCGUCUGGGCUUGUCCCUCUCCUCUCUGGGCUUCAGUGUGUCUCUAGACCUGUGGAGCCGGGCCGAGCUCAGUGUCCUGGGACCAGUUCCAUGGCUCCACUCCCGGCUUGACUGCCUGCAGAGACAGGGGGGAAAAGUGGUGCUGGUGCUCACCCAGGCAGCCUGGGAGAGGGCUGAGGAGUGGGGCAGCCGGGGUUGGGAGAGGGAUACAUUCCGGGGGAGGGGGUGUGACGAGGAUGGGGAGUCAAGGGUGGGGUGUCGAUCUCCGUAUUCAGAUGUCUUCAGUGCCUCGCUCAGCUGCAUUCUGGCGGACUACCUGCAGGGCCGCGCCGGCGAACGCUUCACCCUCGUGCAGUUUGAAUCUCUGCCUCCCGGCGGCGGCAGCCGCCCCCUGCCUGAGCUCUUCAGGGGGCUACCGCUCUUCAGCCUCCCCUCCCAGAGCCUGGGCUUCCUGACUGAACUGGCUUUGGGGCGAGGUAGGGGGGCAGCAUCAGGGCGACGGAGGCGGGCAGGGGGACUCAGGGCAGCCUCACAGACUCUGGCUGGGGGGCUGAGAGGGUUUGUGGGGGGUUCGGCAGUGUUACGGCUGGCCGGGCUGCCCCAGGACUGUGUUGGUGCAGGGGUUGAGGACCCCUGGGAGUCUGUGCCUCUGCAGCUGUGUCUCACCACCCCACCAUCCAGCCCUGACACCUGCCCCAAGACCAACGGGGUGGACUGGGUCUAA